GUGAGUGUGUGCAGAGAUGAGCAGGACCGCACCUUCUGUGAGCUCUACCUGAAACUGGAGAUGCAGGGUUACCAGUGAAGGGUUGGCUUUCAUUAUCUUUGUCUUUUUGUUUUUGCCCCUCCCGCAGCUUCUUUUUAAGUAUAGACAGACACAGGGCGUUAAAAUAUUACUAUACAAUGCUGCGGUAUUUAGUGUUUUACGUAAUCUCUGUCACUGAAGCCAGGUACUUAUAGUGAAGCUGGGUUAUAAGGAGAUGAAAGACCAGACACAUGCAUCAUUGGAUGCACUGAAUUUCCUGCCACAUUUCUACACAAAGUAUCUGUGGUUUUUGAGUGACUUGUGGAAUUAAGCUGCCUGCUCUUCAAGCUCCGAGGACAAUUUUUUUGUACUUAUUCUGGUGGAAGGAAACAAGUUUACAAUUGUUUUUUUAUAUUUUUUUAUUCUGGCAGAAGAUAAAUACUUCAUAACAGGCGGAUGGUCAGUCAGGCAGCCAUGCGAAGCCAGCGUGUGGUGGAGAGCGAGUGGAGGUGCUGGAACCCGGCCGUCUGGCUCCUGGUAACUCUGCUGGGAUCCCUGAUCUUGGUGGCCGUCAGUGUGCUGCUGCGACUCGGGGAUGUGAAAAUAAACAAGCGUGCUGUAUCCACCAAUGGCGUGCAAACCUCAGCGAAGACACCGUUUCAAGUGCAACUGGCGAAUGGACGCAACAGGUGUGAGGGCAGAGUGGAGGUGCUCUCCUUCGGCGAGUGGGGCACAGUGUGUGACGACGACUGGGACAUGGUGGACGCUAACGUGGUGUGUAGGCAGCUGGACUGCGGGGUGGCCGUGGAGAUGGGCAGCAGCUCCAGAUUUAGACAAGGCGUGGGGCUCAUAGCGCUGGACAACGUUGACUGCAGAGGACAUGAAGCAGACCUCAGCCAGUGCGGAAGUCUGGGCUGGGGCAUUCACAACUGUUACCACUAUGAGGAUGUGGGUGUCACCUGCAGAGAACCAGCAUUGGUGGGGGCAAACAGCUUUGGGGGUCCUGCCACGCCACCCGGGGACAAAUUUGGUUCAAGAGAUGGCACCGUCCGAUUGGUGAAUGGAGACCACGAGUGUCAAGGACGGGUCGAGGUCUACUUCCAGGGAAACUGGGGGACAGUGUGUGAUGAUGACUGGAACAUAAAUAAUGCCAUGGUGGUGUGUAGACAGUUGGGCUGUGGUGUGCAAAUCCACGCUCACAGCAACUCCUACUUUGGUUACGGUACCGGCCUGAUUCUCCUGGACAAUGUCAACUGCUUUGGCUACGAGUCAGACCUGUCUAAAUGCAAAAGGCUGGGCUGGGGACAACACAACUGUGGCCAUCAUGAGGACGCUGGAGUCACCUGCACUGGAUUAACCUCUGAGGCUCCCGUGGUGACACAGAACCCGAGAGGGCACUGGAGAACGUUUAACACUGAAGCAACAGAAACUAUUCCAGCCACUGACACACCAACUACGACAACUGUUACCACAAUUGCCCAGACAAAAGGCAAACCAGCCAUCCGUGUGGCGAGUGGAAACAGUAGCUGCCAGGGUCGUGUCGAGGUCAACUACAAAGGUUUUUGGGGGACGGUGUGUGACGAUGGCUGGGAUAUGCCUAAUGCCCAAGUGGUAUGUAGGCAGCUCGGCUGUGGCUCUGCCAUCGCCGCCAAGCCCAAGGCCUACUUUGGCUACGGCAAAGGUCCGAUCCUGCUGGACAACGUGGAAUGUUCUGGCUUUGAACCGGAUCUCACCCAGUGCUUCCACCUGGGCUGGGGUCAACACAACUGUGGUCAUCACGAGGACGCUGGUGUUAUCUGUCUACCUUUUGACUACUACAGCGGAGUUCAACGUGACUUUGGAGCGACAGAACACACAGCCUUUGCCAGCACCACACAGCCCUCUGAAGGAAUGGUGAGACUGGUGGGUGGCCUGCACAGGUGUGAAGGUCGGGUGGAGAUGUACUUAAAUUCGACAUGGGGUACGGUGUGUGAUGAUGCCUGGGACCUCCCUGACGCUCAGGUCGUGUGUCGCCAGCUGGGCUGCGGAGAGGCUGCGGCAGCCCGGAUAGAGGCUUUCUUUGGGCCCGGGACUGGAACAAUCCUGCUGGACAAUCUGAAGUGCACAGGUGAAGAGGCGUCUCUGCAGCAGUGCUCCCAUAUAUCCUGGGAAGUGCACAACUGUGAUCACACUGAAGAUGCCGGCGCCACCUGCUCGAUGUCGUGAUUUCCGCUGAACCACACUCCCAUUUCCACCAUGGGUAGGAGGAGGUUGAGUCACCAACAUGGGACUUGUAUAUAUAAUGUAAAUAACAGCUUUCGCGUUGCUGAAGGAAUACUCCACCACCCCCAACAUGAUUAUAUAUUAUUACUAUCUAUGCCUAUUAAGCACUUUAUAAAUAAAUAUAUGAUAUAAAAUACAGUGUACACAGUUUUUUAUUUGAUAAACAAGGGAAACUUAAAAAAUGGAAA